CUCGGAAAUCAGUUCUGCUGCCACUUCAAUUAUAGGGACUUUCGUACGACUAUCAUGACGCAUAAUACUGCCGCCGUAGAGUGGGCGGGCAUCGUUGGCCGAUGCAUGAGCUGUCGCGUCAUUGGGUAUAUCAUUAGGGUCCAUACAGAGCUGUGCGGCGUCGAGAACUCGUACUUCGCGGGCGGAAUGGUCGUGUAUGUAAUCCCGAUCCUACCUCUGCUCAGGCCGUUGCGGUUAGCGAGAUACUCUGAGCUCAUACUGAUGCUGGUUUGCGGGGUUUCUAGCUUCCAUGGAUGGGCCGAGUACAACAUCUUCAGGCCCAAAGAAGUGAUUCACGAAUGAUUUCAUCGUGAUAGUAGACGUUGGAGGUUUGGCAUACAGAUUGGAGGAUACAGUUUCGAAAUCCGACUUUGCAUCAAUCACAUCGGUGGCGGUCAGUAGUGCUGUUUC